CCACGUGCCGGUUUUUCACGGUUUGUCAAAUUGGUUUCGCGGGGAAAAGUAAGGCGGGCGGGUCCGUCGGACCGUGUUCAGUCGGGCGUUAAGUAUUGCCAAGUGAAAAACAUACGUAUUUAAGCCUCUUAGUGCGUACUUAGGGAGUAAAUUCGGAGGCUCGUCAACGGAAGUGACGGAGACGUGAGAGAAGGGAGAGAAAGAGAAAGAAAGAGAGCAGGGCAGAGGCAAGGGCUUCCAAGCAUCGGCAUACCAAAAAUACGUAAAUCGUAGCACCGGAGGCGAAACUGCAACAACCUUUCAAGGGGACGGAGGAUAUAUUUUAUGUUUUGAUGAAAAAUAUACCAGCAACGGGCCCCAUCAUGAAGCUAUCCGAGAGCAAAUCCGACACGUCGAUCAUAGCGACGCUGUACAAAUCGAUCAACAACAGCUACCGGCGGCUGUCGAACACGAGCAACGUGCUGCACCGGAUCCCGGACAUGGAGAUCCCGUGCAUGGCGAUCGCGGACGAAUACGACAUCGAGAAGAUGAUCGCCGAAGGUUGCUUCGCGAAGAUCUUCCUGGCGCACCAUCGGCCCACCGGUACGACCGUCGUGCUGAAGGCAAUCCACACCGAACUGACCAGCUUGAAGGAGUUCAUCAGAGAGUUCCACUACAACUACCAGCUCAGCCACCAUCCGAACAUUCUCAGCUGCUACCAGGUAAAGUUCCAGACGAAGGAGUACUACGUGUACGCCCAGGAGCACGCACCGUUCGGUGAUCUGGCGGCGAACGUCGGUGCGAGUGGGUUGCCGGAGAGCAGCUGCAAGAAGAUCGCCGAACAGCUUAGCUCUGCCCUCGGUUUCAUGCACCUGAAGUCACUCGUUCACCGGGACCUGAAGCUAGAGAACGUGCUCGUCUUUACGCCCGACUUCUCGCGCAUCAAGCUGUGCGACUUCGGGACGACAACGCGCGAGGGUGUGCUGGUGAGCCGGAACAACAAAACCUGGACCGCCUUCCUGUCGCCCGAGGUGCUCGAGGUCGUCAAGAACGAGCGGUUCAUCUGUAAGGCCUCCUCCGACUCGUGGCAGUUCGGGAUCGUCCUGUACGUUUGCCUUACCGGUGCAACACCGUGGAAGUCGGCCGACUGGGUCCGGGAUGCCAAGUAUGCCGCCUUCAUGAAGUACCAGAAACGGGAGACGACCAAGAUUCCGGAGAACUUCCGGCGGUUUACGCCGCGGUUGCUGCGCGCCUUCCGCCGUAUCUUCGAUCAUCGCGAGGAGGAUCGGGCGAAGGUGACGGACAUUAUGAAGUACAUGAAGAACCGGUGGAUGGACGGGAAGAUUACGGUGUCAAAGUCGGCCUCGAACAUUGCGAGCGUAGGGCAACAUCAGGGCCAAGGACCGCACCAUCAGCAACAGCAGCAUCAACAGCACACGAGCUCCGAUCAGGACUCGGUGAAGUACAUCAACCAUCGCGAAAGUCGGAAUUCGUUCGAUGGUCGAUUGCGGGCCCGGAGGAUGACGAGUGCCGGCGCUUUGACGCCUGACUCGGUACCGGGUAGUGUCAGUUUCGGUGGCAGUGGUACCGCCGAUCAUCAGGAAGCGAUACGGAGUAAGGUGUGGGAUUGGCUCGAGACGAACGAUCUCAGCUGCAGCGGUAGCGUCGACGAUCUGACCUUCUGGAGUGAUACCAAGACGUUGCAGCUCAAGAAGCAACAGAUGCAACAGCAGCAACAACAACAGCACCCGCAACUAAGGCGACAAAGCGUCGGUGGCCUUCAAAUUCAUCAUCAUCAGCAGCAGCAACUUCAACAGCAUCAGCAUCAGCAGGACUUGAUUACCUUCACCGAAAGCCACAGCCAUGGUACGAUGUCGAGCAGCAUCGUGCGCGAAUCGCGGACCAUUACCAGCAGCAGCAGCAGCAAUGCGAAAAUGUUCAAAUGAAAUCCUUCCCUCAUCAAAAACCCUACGAACCUCAAUGGCCAACCUGAAGUAGUAGUAGCAACCGACACACAUCAGCCAACGCAAGCAACCAAAACAAUACACCCGACACACACACACUUUCCUCGCCCUGGCGGACGUAUAGAUAGUAGAUAGAUAGUACAUGUGAUUAUAUUAAUUAUGUGUGUGAUUCGAGGUGGUGGCGUGGGAUAGAUUUAAGCGAAUGGUUGAAUGAAAAGCAACAAAAACAAACGGUAGCCACGUAGAACAGCCUACUCCUCCUCGGACGGGCUGGUGUACAACACCCGGUAGUAGCCAGUGGAAGGCAACGGUUUGUCUUUUUGGUAGAAUCCUUUUAGUAUUGACCGAGGAGAAAAAACUGGAAGGAGCUGAUGGAGUUUCCCUUGGUAUUGUGUAGCGUCUAGCGUGUGAGUGGAGAGAGGAGGAAAAACACAAAAGAACAAUAUUUUGUAAAUUGAAAAGUGCAAACAAUAGAUGACAGCAGGUCGAACGCUGGCCGCGGGUGGUAAACACGCGGUCGGUAAACCAAACAGGGAGGAAUUAUGGUAGAACUCGUUGUUACGUGUAACGUUGAGGUGAUAACGUGUGGAGGAGAGUAUUUAUAUGGAUCUAUACAUAUACAUCUAUACAUAUACAGCUAUACAGAGAUAUUGCAUAUACAUAUUUAGAAGCCCUAGAUCGAGUUCUAGAACGAAUAUGGAAGAGAUAGAGAACAAGAGAGAGGCGCGAAACGGGCGGGAGGUACUUUGCAAUCCCUCAGCGUAUUCACACAGACACACACAUCUCGAGAGACUGUAGAGCAGAUUAGCUGUAGUAGCUGUUAUCGUUGCGUUGAGAAAAGAACAACUGAAACAAAGGAAAGGAAAUCCCGAAAUUGCUCAUCCCUGUAUUAUCUGUUUUCCAGCCGUAGGUGUUACCUUGUUUUCUGUAUUAAGGCGGAAAGGCAUGUGGUAGUUGAGAGGACGAGCGCGUGUACCAGACGAUAAGAGACGUAGCGAUAGAGGAGCGCGUGAGAAGAGCGACACUAAAUCAAACAAACGGUAUUCAGUCAAUGGUAUAGGCAACAAAGGCGAUAAUCUGGACUUGGAUACUAUAUUGGAGGCUUUUGGCGUGACAAUUGCUGGCGAGAAGCGCCAGACCACCGCAUCAUCAUUGCUCACAUACAACCACAAAUACCGAAAGAGGUUUCGCGGAAUUCAUUGUACAUAGAACAGCCAUUACCGGAGGAUGGGAAGCGGGGCCGUGUAUUAGGGGGCCGCACCUGGUGGUCAGGGUGUGUAGCGAGCUGUUUAGUCGAUUAAUAAAGUAUGUGAUA